CCUCAUCAAUAAAGCCCGGUCCAAGCUGCACAUGGUCACCCUGCUCCAUUCCGCACGUUUUGUAACCUCCCCAACUCAAAUAUGGGAAGUCAUCCCCUCUCAGAAAACCUGCGGUAGCUCUCACCGGCUCCACCCUUGCAGACUGUUUCACAUCAGCCGGAGCUCAUUCCAGAUCUUGCAGGCAAGCAGUGGACAUACUCCGAGAGCCGCUGGUAUUAUGAACCCACCUUGAACUCAAGAACGCCGUUACUAAAUUGAAACAAAGCCUCACACGUCCAUUGACGUCCUUCCUGGUCAUGGGGAAGGUCUACUACAUCAGUAAGAACGUGGGACUUGGACUACUCGUGUUAGCUAUCAGCGCUCUGGUGAUCAUUUUAGCUCUGUCUAUCGCCUACGACAAGGAGAAGGCCAAGAAUCGAAAGGCCGAAGACCAAGCGGCGGUCAACACCGACACCCCCAAUCCAACCCCCGUAGGGUCAAAAGAUCCGUGGGACCAGUACAGACUUCCUUCCGCCCUGGUCCCUACCACCUACAAUGUGACGCUGUGGCCUCGACUGAAACCCGACGCAAACGGCCUCUACGUCUUCACGGGACUCUCGGAUGUGGUCUUCACCUGCAUCCAGGCUACAGACCUGGUCGUCAUCCACGCCAGCAAGCUCAACUUCACCACCUUCAAUGGGCACCACGCCUCGCUGCGCGACCUAUCAGGCGCCUGGAUGCCGGCCAUCCGGAAGUCUUGGUUGGUGGCAGAGACAGAGUACCUGGUCCUGGAACUCAGCGGCAGACUCACCAAAGGGGCAUUCUACGUCUUGCACACCGAGUUCCAGGGAGACUUGUCAGACAGCCUAGAAGGAUUCUACAGGAGCGAAUACGUGGAGGACGGCGUGAAGAAAGUGGUCGCUACUUCUCAGAUGCAAGCCACGUAUGCCCGCAAAGCCUUCCCGUGCUUCGAUGAACCCGCCAUGAAAGCCGUCUUCAACGUCACCAUCAUCCAUGACCGGGACAAAGCGGCUCUGUCCAACGCCCGAGAAUUAGACGCCAGGAAUGAGGUCAUGGAUGGCGCCGAGGUCCGAAUUACAAGGUUCGAGCCCACAGCAAAGAUGUCCACCUAUCUGCUGGCCUUUAUUGUCAGCGACUUCUCCUACAUUGGGUCUACCCAAGAAAAUGGCGUACAGGUGCGGGUAUGGGCUCGAACAAAGGCCAUUGACGACGGACAUGGAGACUAUGCUCUCAGCGUGACUGGGCAAAUUCUUCAGUUCUAUGAAAACUACUACAACACAGCCUACCCGCUUCCCAAGUCGGAUCAGGUGGCUUUGCCUGACUUCCACGCCGGUGCCAUGGAGAACUGGGGCCUGAUCACCUACAGGGAGACGGCUCUACUCUACGACCCGGAGAAAUCGUCGCCGGGGAACAAACAACGAGUGGCCUCCGUCAUCGCACACGAGCUGGCGCACAUGUGGUUCGGCAACCUGGUGACCAUGCGCUGGUGGAACGAUCUGUGGCUCAAUGAGGGCUUCGCGUCAUAUGUGGAGUACCUGGGAGCGGACUAUGCCGAGCCAUCGUGGAACAUUAAAGACCAAAUGGUUCUGGAUGACGUCCUGCGGGUGUUCAGUCUGGACGCCCUGGCCACCUCUCAUCCGCUUUCCUGGAAAGAAGACGAGGUGAACACACCCGCUCAGAUCGGCGGGAUUUUCAACACCAUCUCCUACAGCAAGGGGGCGGCGGUGCUCAGGAUGCUGUCCGGGUUUUUGGGUGAACCGGUGUUUACCAAGGGACUCAGUUCUUACCUCAACGCGUUCGCCUUCAAAUCCACCGUGUACAAUGACUUGUGGGAACACCUCCAAAAGGCGGUGGAGGACACCCCAGGCUUGCGUAUCCCACACACGGUCCACGACAUCAUGAACCGCUGGAUUCUCCAGAUGGGCUUCCCAGUGGUAACCAUCGACACCAAGACCGGACGUGUCACCCAGAAGCACUUCCUGUUGGAUCCAGAAUCGGUGGUGGACAGGCCCUCACAGUUCAAUUAUAGGUGGUUUGUGCCCAUUAAAUGGAUGAAGACAGGUGUUGAGCAGCAACAGUACUGGCUUCUCCACGAGACCGACAGCAACCCUCAAAUGAGCGCCUCGGGAUCCAACUGGGUGCUGGCCAACACCAACAUGUCAGGGUACUUCAGGAUCAACUACGACACGGACAACUGGAAUCGCCUAAUCGCCGUCCUGGAAGCAAACCACCUGAACAUUCCAAUCAUAAAUCGAGCUCAGAUCAUUGACGACGCCUUCAACCUGGCACAAGCCAAAAUGGUAAACGUUACACUGGCCUUGAGUACUACCAAGUACUUGUCCAAGGAGACGGAAUACAUCCCGUGGCAGUCCGCGUUGGGGAACCUCUACUUCUAUUUCCUCAUGUUCGAACGCACCGAAGUCUACGGACCCUUACAGGCGUACACCAGGAAGCUCAUCCAACCUCUUUUUGGAUAUUUUGCGAGGAUUACGAACAAUUGGACGACAGUACCUGAAAGAAUUACCGACCAGUACAAUCAGAGGAACGCCAUUGCGAUGGCUUGCGUGGUGGGCAUGCCGGCCUGCAGGGACCUCAUCAGAAGUUGGUUCAAACGCUGGAUGGAGGACCCGGAACAAAACGUGAUUCAUCCCAACUUGAAAGGCUCCAUGUAUUGUCUUGGCGUGGAACUGGGUGGGGCGGAUGAGUGGGACUUUGUCUGGAGGAUGCUCGAGAACGCCACGCUGGCGUCCGAAGCCUCCAGGCUCAGGUCGGCCUUGUCUUGCACCAAAGUGCCCUGGCUGCUCAACAGAUAUCUGGAGUACACUUUGGACCCGACAAAGAUCCGCAAGCAGGAUGCCACGUCCACCAUCACGAGUGUGGCUAACAACGUGGUGGGAAUGCCUCUAGCCUGGAAUUUUGUCAGAGCACAUUGGAAGCACCUUUUCCAAGAAUACGGAAAAGGAUCGUUUGGCUUCUCCUCGCUCAUCCGCGGAAUCACCAUGCGCUUCUCCACAGAGUUUGAGCUGAAGGAGCUAAAGAGAUUCCAAGAGGACAAUAAGGAGAUAGGCUUUGGCUCAGGCACCCUGGCACUGGAGCAGGCCAUGGAGAGGACGUCUGCCCAGAUUAAAUGGGUGACAGAGAACAAAGGCCUAAUUCUGGACUGGUUCUCUGCGGAAACAGUGUGAAAGGGGGCGGGUGGGGUGUCAGGAAUCAUCUUAAUAAGCUUUAUCUCUGCACUGUGUUGUUAAAGCACGCAGCCAUUUUGUCUGUGUGUGUGCUUAAAAUGACCGCUUUCUAGGAGGUUAGAACAGCUCUUGGUGCAAACACAUCCAUUAUGAUGCCAAAAAUGCAUCUAAAAGUCUCUUGAUAAUAUUGUGCAAUUUUUUUUUAAUCCAUGGUCUAGUAUUUAGAAAAGUGAAAAAGCAAGAAUAUUACAGAGUAGGCCUAAUAAUGUUUUUUUUUUUUUUUUUUUUUUUAAAUAUUGGAUAACUGCACACUGUGGCAAUAUGGUGAUACUACAGUCUGUAUACGCUCUUAAAAUUGCUAGGUCAAAAACAACCCAAUGUGGGUGGAAAAUUGGGCCGACCGUUUUGCACAACACAACACAUUUUGUAUGUAAAAAAAGCAACAACAAAAUUAUUUUUUAAACAACCUAAAGUUGGGUCAAACUGACCUAAUUUUCUGGGUCAGUCCUAUUUUAAUACAGCAUCUCAAAAGUUUUUAUUUUUUUUACUCCAGUAAUACAUUUUGUCCGUUUUUCAAUAAAGUGCCUAAAAAAGUAAUGACACAGAGCACAUCAUUUUGGAGUCUGAAAUUUCCCACCUUUUACGAACGCAGCAUUGCUUUUUAUGGACUUUGUUGAUGUAUAGAAGCUUUUCUGAUGAAAUUUGAUUGUAGCAAAUAUUUUUAUUUUGGUGAGACCUGAUUCUUCAUGACAGUGGCAACUCUUUUCGUCGUGUGUGCCGCUUAAGGGUCCUGGACUUUGGGUAAAAAAUGUUGAUCAGGGCCUGGAAGAGGUGUCGUCCUCAGCUGUUGCUUCCCCUCCGGCCCCCCUCAGCAGGGGUCUUUCCUUAAAGACUUUAGCGCUGCCAUGCUCCCUAUUUAGCGCCUCCAUGUGCUCUGUUUGUCCUAGGAAGUCUGCAGAGAGGUGCCAUCAAAUUAAAGCCCUCCACAACCACACAUAACAGCAACACACUUGGCCAAAUUCGACUAUUUUCCGGCUUAUUUUGUGCGUCAUAUUUAAUAAAAGAAAAAUGAAAGUGUUUUAUGAACAAA